AUGGACAAACCUCAAAGCAAAACAAUUGGCAAUUAUGUAAAUUUUAUAUAGCAACUUGGAGAUUGCAUUGGCAAAGGGGCUUUUGGAAAAGUUUAUAAAGCCCUUAACAAAGAAACAGCUCAAAUAGUCGCAAUAAAACAAAUUUCAGUCGUAAAUGUGUCAGAAGAUCAAAUAUCCUCAAUCCACAAAGAAAUUAACCUAAUGAAACGUUUAUCCCACCAAAACAUCGUUAAAUAUAUCGGUUAGUUUUAUUUUGUUACCAUUCAUUGUAUUAUAUCCAAAUACCUUUUUUUUCAAUUAGAAAGCAUUUUUCACCAAAAAUAUAAAUUUUAUAUCAAAAAAAAAAUUUAUAUAAGGAGUUUCAAAAAUCCUUUUAUUUAGAUGUUAUAUCUUCUGAUCAGUAUCUCAACAUAGUAUUGGAAUUUAUCGAAAGCGGCUCAUUAGCCGCCAUUAUAAAAAAAUUCAGUCCUUUCCAAGAGAAUCUUGUAGCGCAUUUCACAAAACAAGUUCUUGAAGGUUUAUGCUACCUUCAUUCUCAAGGUGUAGUCCACAGAGAUAUAAAAGGCGCAAAUUUAUUGACAACUAAAGAAGGCGUCGUAAAAUUGGCUGAUUUUGGAGUAGCUAUGAAAUUGACCGAAAGCACCAAAAGUAUGAGCAUUGUGGGGACUCCUUACUGGAUGGCCCCAGAAAUUGUAGAACAGACUGGGUUUUGUACAACUGCAUGUGAUAUCUGAAGCUUAGGCUGCACUGUAAUAGAGCUGCUUACAGGGUAUCCUCCUUAUUUCGAGCUAGAAACUAUGUCAGCACUUUAUAGAAUAGUCCAAGACGACUGCCCUCCUCUACCUGGAAAUAUUUCCCCAGACCUAAAAGAUUUUUUAUUAAAAUGUUUCCAAAAAGAGCCCAUUGUAAGAGUUGAUGCACCUACUUUGCUUAUGCAUCCUUGGAUAAAGCCAAAUUUAAAUGAAAAAAUCCCAAUUCAUGAAGAAGUUGAGCCUAUAACUAACACAACUCAAGAGUCUGAUGAAGAUAUACAAACCAUAGUCCCUAUAAAUUUAGAUAUCCAAGUCCCAUCUCCUCCUGAAAAAAAUCUGAUUUUUGAAGAACAAGUCCUUGUGGAUGAAGAUCACGAAUAUGAAGAAAAAAUCAGCACAGUCAAAGAGCUGAAAAUCAAGCCGACUGAUAGCAAAAAGUAUAGCAAUUUUAAUUUGACUAAUAAAAGCACAAAAGUGGAGGCUAAUGAAUUUGGGUAUUUCACAGCUGUAAAUCAGCUGAAAGAUACUAGAAAACAGAGUCCAAAGCAUGAAGAAUCAAUUAUUCAUCAAUGAAACCAAUCAGAAGCUAAUGAGCUCGAAAAAAUGCUAGAUGCACUUGAUACUUUUCAAAAUCUUGAUGCUGUUUUGCCUGAGUUUCUAGAUUUAUUAAAGUCUCAUCCUAAUUUAAAAGAAUUAUCAUCCCCUGCUAUUCCUAUUCUAAAACAAAUUUUAGACGAAUUAGAAGCCUCAGAAACACUUCAUCUCGCUCUUCAAUGUGUAAAUUUAUUAUGUGAGAACGAUCAAAAUAUGCAAGAAAUGGCUGCUUGUACAGGCUUGCUUACAGUAGCACUCCGAUAUAUAGGUGAAGAAUACUAUAAAGAGCUGAGGAUUGAAGCAGCUUAUUUAAUUGGCCAGCUUUUUCAAUCUAGUCAGCAUAUAAUAAAGCUUAUGCUGUCGUCUGGAGGGAUAGAAGCAAUAAUAAAAUUAUUGGACCCAAAUUAUGAAGAAAACCAUGAACUGAUUAUACUAGGGAUUGACUGCUUGCUAGAAUUGAUGACAGAGCAAAGAGAAGAAUACUUAAGAAUAUGGGCAAGCUGUGGGGUCAUUGAAAGAUUAGCAUUGACACUUGACAAUCUGAAUGGAAACCCAGACCAUUUGACUCAUUUGCAGAAAACUGCAGAUUUAAUAUUGGCGUUUUCAACUGUAAAAGAUAUGUAGGGACCGAGAAGUGUGCUGAUGAAGUUUUGUGAAGAAGAUACACUGAUAAUUAUUAUUUCGACGAUGCAUUCGUUGCCAAUUCAGCCAAAACUGCAGAUUUUGAGGGCGUUAACUUAUCUAGCGAGUGAUAGGACUCUUCAAAACAGGCUUGAAAACAUAUUUAUAUUAGAUUGAUUAAGUUUUAAUUUAUACUAAAUAAAAAGCCGAUUUUAUUAGAAUUUAGGAUUUUAUUUAUAAUAUCGAUUGGGAGCUAAUUAUAUAAAAAUGUUUUUAUAUAUUUUUUAUAGUAAAAUUGCAUUUAAAGCAAAGCUAAAUUUGAAGAAAUAAAUUUAAUUUUAAUUGUAUAGGAUUUGUUGCAGAUUUAGUAAGAAUAAUAAACAAAGAUCAAGCCCCUGAAAUUAGACUAGCUGUACUCACAGCUCUUAACUACUUGUGCAUGAUGAGUCCUGCACGACAAGAGCAAGCAGUCCUUGCUGGAAUAAUUCCAACCAUCCUAGAAAUUAUUGACCAACCAGGAAAAGCUGCCCAAAUCAGCAUAUCUCUUUUGUGCAGCUUCAUAUCAGCAUCACCUGCAUGCCGUGCCCACUUGCAUAACCACAAUGUUUUGCCAAUAUUUUCCAAUCUGCUUAUUAAAUACCCUCCAGUUUUUGACGCAAUUGCUUUAUGAGUAAAUUUGGAGCCUAUAAAAUGUGAAGAAUAUAUGAUAAAUGAAAAUUUCAUACAAAAAUUAAUAGAAACUUUUUCAGAUUCUUUGCAUUCUGUUCAAUCUUUGCAGUGCAUGCUAAAAAUUAUACUAUUUUAUGCUAUUUUAAAGAUAAUUUUAUAUUAAAAUCCUUUAUUUGCUAUAUCAGCCAUAUAAAUUAUAUAAAUAGUUCAGAAAAGCUAUGCAAAGAAUUCGGAUACAGAGAAUCCUUUCUGCAGAACCUUUUUAUCAAACUAAGUGACAGUCGAAAAGAGCCAGGAAAAAUAAAAAACUGUUUAGAGCUGCUUUUAGGAGUCGUAGGAAGGCACCCAAAGCCUAGACAGCUUCUAGAUAAGCAUAACUUCUACCAACUGAUCGUAAAAGUCCUUCAUCAAUCCAGAGAUGAAGACUUGGUUGUCUUAGAAGAAAUCGCAACACUGUUAUUGUCAAUUUACAGUCAUGGAAAUGUAAAUGUGUCUAAUCAUAAAUAG